CUCUAUAAUAGAGUUCUAUAUAAGGAGAGGACUUUAGCUUUAAGAGGAGAGUGAGAGAACAAACUAAGCUGGUCAAAACUAAAAGCUUAAUUUGCUAAAGCAUGGCUUCUAAACCUGGCAUUCUCACUGAAUGGCCAUGGACUUGCCUUGGAAACUUCAAGUACUUGGUAUUGGCACCAUUUGUGUGUCAUAGCACAUACACAUAUUUUAUGAGCAAAGAUGAAAGGCAGAGAGACAUUGUAUACAUAAUCAUUCUCCCACUUUUACUCUCGAGAAUCAUUCACAACCAGAUAUGGAUAUCUCUAUCCCGAUACAGAACUGCAAAGGGUAAUAAUCGAAUUGUCGAUAAGAGCAUCGAGUUUGAUCAAGUUGACAGAGAGAGCAACUGGGAUGAUCAGAUCAUAUUUAAUGGACUGUUAUACUAUAUUGGAUACCUGAUGCUGGAACAAGCUCAUCACAUGCCUGUGUGGAGAACUGAUGGGAUCAUUAUAAUUGGCUUGCUUCAUAGUGGUCCUGUCGAGUUCCUUUAUUAUUGGCUUCAUAGGGCUCUGCAUCAUCAUUUUCUCUACUCUCGUUAUCAUUCUCAUCAUCACUCCUCUAUUGCUACUGAGCCCAUCACUUCUGUGAUUCAUCCAUUUGCUGAGCAUUUAUCAUAUUUCACACUCUUUUCCAUACCCUUGUUCACAACUGUAUUCACUGGGACUGCUUCUAUAGCUUCAUUUGGUGCUUAUGUUACCUAUAUUGAUUUUAUGAACAACAUGGGCCAUUGCAAUUUUGAGCUAAUUCCUAAGUGGAUCUUCUCUAUAUUUCCCCCUCUCAAGUACUUCAUGUAUACGCCCUCGUACCACUCACUACAUCACACUCAAUUCAGGACAAAUUUUUCUCUUUUCAUGCCAAUGUAUGACUAUAUCUACGAUACAUUGGACAAGUCCUCAGACACAUUGUAUGAGAAGUCACUUAAAAGAGAAGCUGAAGUGCCUGAUGUGGUGCACCUAACACAUCUAACGACUCCAGAAUCCAUUUACCACCUUCGACUAGGAUUUGCAUCGUUGGCCUCGAACCCUCACACCUCUAGGUGGUAUUUUUGGUUAAUGUGGCCCGUCACACUAUGGUCAAUAAUGAUUACUUGGAUUUAUGGUUGUACAUUUGUUGUUGAGAGAAAUAUGUUCAAGAAUAUCAAAUUACAAACUUGGGCUAUCCCAAAGUAUCGCGUACAUUACUUUAUGAAAUGGCAAAGAGAGACUAUCAACAACUUGAUUGAGGAAUCCAUUAUGGAAGCAGAUCAGAAAGGCAUAAAAGUUUUGAGCCUUGGACUCUUAAAUCAGGAAGAGAAGUUGAAUAGUAAUGGUGAACUUUACCUAAAAAGGCAUCCUCAGUUGAAAGUGAAGGUGGUUGAUGGAAGUAGCCUAGCUGUCGCCGUGGUUCUCAACUCCAUUCCUAAAGGAUCAUCUCACGUUGUCCUUCGAGGUCGUUUGUCCAAAGUUGCUUACUCCAUUGCCCUUGCCUUGUGCCAAAGAGGAAUUCAGGUUGCCACGUUACACGAAGAAGAGUACAAGAGACUUAAUGCAAACCUUACCCGUGAAGCUGCAACUAAUUUGGUCCUGUCGAAAUCUUAUGUUUCAAAGACAUGGCUAGUAGGGGAUGGAUUGAGUGAAGAUGAACAAUUGAAAGCGCCAAAAGGAACAUUAUUCAUUCCUUAUUCACAAUUCCCACCAAGAAAAGCUCGCAAGGAUUGCUUCUACUUCAACACACCAGCUAUGAUUACUCCUAAACAUCUUGAAAAUGUAGACUCUUGUGAGAAUUGGCUUCCAAGAAGAGUGAUGAGUGCAUGGAGAAUAGCUGGGAUUUUGCAUGCAUUGGAAGGUUGGAAUGAGAAUGAGUGUGGUGACAUGAUGUUUGAUAUUGACAAAGUAUGGAAAGCCAGUGUUGAUCAUGGUUUUCGCCCGUUAACAUUAGUGACUACUUCUACGGAUCAAUCCAAGAACUAGAAGUAUGGAUUAAUGUCUUUGUUAUAAGUAUUAUAUAUUGGAUCAGCUAAUUAAUUACAAGUUUGCAUUA